AUGGAUUUACAUCAGGUUUUUAUUGAUUCUAUAAAUAGAGUUGCAUUUUGGAAGAUCCUGCAAAAGCUAGGCUGCCCUGAAAAAUUUGUGAGAAUUCUUAGACAAUUACAUGACAAGAUGGAAGUGAGAGUCAAUAUUGGAGGUACCUUGUCAGAUCCAAUUUCUGUAGAAAAUAGUGUAAAACAAGGUGAUAUUCCUGCUCCUACAUUGUUUGCUCUGUAUCUUACAAUAAUCUUUCAAAUAGUUUUUGAUGAUUGCACUGAAGGAGUCUAUAUAAAAUAUAGGACAGCAGGAAACCUUUACAAACUCAAAAGACUUUGUGCCAAAACGAAAGUUCUUCAUUCUUCCACCAUUGAGUUCUUGUAUGCAGAUGAUUGUGACCUGUUAGCACAUUCCCAAGAAGAUAUGCAACACAUGAUGAAUAUGAUUUCUGCAGCAUGUACAGCAUUGAGCCUUUCAAUGAACUUGAAAAAAACUGUUCUAACAUACCAGCCUGCCUCUAAACUUUAUGUGGAACCUUCUAUAACUGUGAAGGAAUGGUCAAAAGUUAGAAGUUGUAAUUAA